AUGCCGUGCCCCGAGGGCUUGGCAUCCAGCCUUUCCUCGUCCCCUCACAGGAUGGAUGUGACAAUUUACACUGAGAUGUUGAAAGAAUCUGGCAACCAGGGCUUUAAGAAUGGAAACUUCUCUUUGGCCAUAAGAAAGUACGAUGAAGCCAUCCAGAUUCUUCUGCAGUUAUACCAGUGGGGUGUUCCUCCAAGGAACGUGGCUGUGCUGCUGUGCAACAAAUCCAAUGCAUUUUACAACCUUGGCAAGUGGAAUGAAGCCUUCGUCUCUGCUAAGGAAUGUCUCCAGUGGGAUCCAACCUAUGUGAAGGGAUACUCCCGAGCUGGUUAUGCCUUACUGCAGUUGCUCCAGCCUUAUGAAGCUGCUAACAUGUUUUUUGAUGGUCUGCGGAUUCUUCAGAACAACGAAGACCAAGACCAAGGAGAGUUUGCUGAUUUUGCUGAUUUUCUUGCUGGAGUCCUCGCAACUAUGGGCAGUGAUUCUGCUGUUUUGCAAAGUUUUUUCCCCAGCUUUGAACAAUUAUUCACUACUGAAUUUUCAAACGAAGUGUGGCAAUCUGUAAUAGAAAAGUUGGCAAAUAAAGCUUCAUGGCGUUCAUUUCUACUUCUGUCAGAAAGAAAAGACCGAAUACCAAGUGAUAUUCAUGUCCCAGAAUUAUCACUGAAAAGUCUUUUUGAGAAAUGUGUCAUCACUGGACUUUCUAAGCAUAUUAAUCAAGUGCCCCAGUUAGUCCAGUGGCUCAUCUCCAUUGGUGCAAGUGCUGAGAGUAUUGGACCAUACCCUCUUCAUGCCGUCAUACGACUCUGUAUCCAAGCAAGAGAAAAUCACCUUUUCAAGUGGAUAAUGAACCGCAAACCAGGGUGGAAAGGUCGAAUCAACCAGAAGGACGAGGAUGGCUGCACAGUUUUGCACAUUGUUGCUUCCCACGCUCCAGGAUACCUUAAUAAGCGACAAACAGAGGAUAUUCAGAUGCUCCUGCACUAUGGGGCAGACCCCACCUUGCUGGAUCGACAUUCUCGAUCGGCCUUAGAUGUCCUGAAGAAGAAUAAGAACAUCCAAGCUAUUGAGAAAAUCAACAGUCACUUGGAAAAACUGGCUAUGUGUUCCAAGAACUUAACAGGACUGAACAAUGGUGAGGGACCCAUCAGUGAGAGUGAGAUUUUCCGGAGAGUCUCUGAGCAGCUUGUGAAAUACAUGAACUCAGGAGAUCGGUUGAUGCAGAAAAACUUUUUGAAGCAAGACAUAGUUCAGCGGUUCUUGCGCCUUCUGUCUUCUCUGCAAGAAAUUCCUCCUGACCUGGUUUGUGACAUUAAUCGCGACUGUGCGAACACCUUCAUCAAGUUCCUGCUGGAAAAACAGAAGUGGCCUGAAGUCCUUCUGCUGUUGACCCGUAAAGUGAGCGGAAAGCCACCAUUCAGAGACUGUCUCAUCAAAGACUGCAAUCUCUCAGACCUUGACAUUUGUGCCAUCAUUCCACACCUCAGCAGCUGGGACCAGCGGAAGACGCAGCUCCUGGGCUGCCUCAUAGACAGUGGAGCUUUGCCUGAGGGUCUCCAGGAGAGCCAGGAAAGCCCACUUGUCCUGUGCCUGAAACAUGAAGACUUCGAGUUGGCUUUUCUUCUUUUGACCAAGGGUGCGGACCCCCACAACAUUUCUUUCACGGAAGGUGAUACUCCUUUGCAUGCAGCACUUCACAUCUUUUUAGAUAUCAAUGCUGACAUUGGCUUUAACUUCCUCCGGCAUCUGUUGGACCUAUUCUGGUCCAACCCCGCUGAAUUUUACUACCUCAACCCCAACAUCCAGGAUGGCAGUGGGAACACACUGAUGCACAUUCUGUUUCAGAAGGGCAUGCUGAAGCGCAUGAAGAAGUUGAUAGACCUGCUGGUGAAGUUUGACAUCAACUUGAACUUGAGAAACAAAGAGGGGAAAGAUGCACGGCACCGGAUCAAGAAGAAUGAUCCUCUGCUCUUGACCUGGAACAAAGCCUUGAUGGAGAUCAGGCGGAGGAACCGACAGGACUCUGCUGCCCACCAGGGGAAGCUCUUGAGAUUCGCUCCCCAUGGCCAUAUUUCUCAGCUCAAGUCUCUUGGUUCAUGCAAGUCAUUGUCAUAUGGCACCAUUUCCAGGACCCUGCCAAAAGGAGCUGUGGUCUCUGAAGUCCGGGAGUCUGUCCCUGUUGCCCAGGUAACAAAGCAGGAGCCUGAAAUGUUUGCGUCACACUGUAUGAGAGACCAUCUUGUGAAGGACAUUACGAUUUUGAUUCAGGAAGUUACAUUGGAUGCAUUCCUCCCAGAGGAAGGUGCUCAGUGUGCAGGAGCAGGCAAGGAAGUAAAGAAAGAUGAGUUUCAGCAAACCCCAGGCUGUCACGCAAGCAAUAAUGCCCUCCCUGAGGCAGAGGAUGAACAUGCUCAGGCAGCCGUUUGGGACAUGCAGCCUGUUCCUGUUGGUAACAGAAGGAGGGAGGGCCAGGAGAACUGGAACAUGCAGGAUAUAGAGGCUUGCCUCCAGGACUUUGAUAAUAUGACCUGGGAGAUUGAGUGCACCUCAGAAAUGCUAAAGAAACUCUCAAGUAAGGCAAUGACCAAGAUCAUAAAGAAGAAAAUCAUCUUUGCUAUCCAGCAGCUGGGGAAUGGUGAGUGGACCCAUUGCCUGCAAAAGCGACUGAGGCACCUGAAUGGAAACAUCCAACUUUUCGAAGCCAAGCUGGACAAAGGGGCCCGGAUGCUGUGGGAGCUUGCCAUUGAUUUCUCACCUCGAUGCAGUGAGAACCCAGAGAAGACCAUGGCCACAGAACAAAAUGUGCCCACUGUGGAGAAGUCAGGGCGGGUCUAUACAGAAAUCAUCCGGAUCUGGGACAUUGUCUUAGAUCAUUGCAAGUUGUCAGACUCUAUCAGAGCCAUCUGCAUUGCCUACAACCGGGGCCUGUCCUGUGUGCUUCGGAAGAAGCUGAAAGGUAUCAACAAAGGACCGGUGUUUACCAACAUGAAAGUGCAGAAGCGGAUACCCCGCUGCUAUACAGAGGACACAGAAGAUGAGAAGGGCAGAGAGUGUGUGGAUCCUGAGUACUUCCCCCCAGCCAGUGCUGUGGAGACAGAGUACAACAUCAUGAAGUUCCACAGCUUCAGUACCAACAUGGCCUUCAACAUCCUUAGUGACAUGACAGCGACAGCAGAGUACCCCUUUCGGGUAGGCGAGCUCGAGUAUGCGGUGAUCGACCUCAACCCCAAGCCACUGGAGCCCAUCAUCCUCAUUGGACGGAGUGGCACCGGGAAGACAACUUGCUGCUUGUACAGGCUGUGGAAGAAAUUCCACAUUUACUGGGAAAAAGCCGAGCAGGCAAGGAGCCCACUGCUGACACAGCAGAUCUGGUUGAAGACAAGAUUGGAAGUGGAACCUGGAAAAGAGGGUCCAAGUUGGGAGGAAGUGGAGAGGGAGGAAGAGGAAGGGGAAGGUUCAACUGAAGUGGAAACAGUGGACUGCAUGAGUCAAGAGCAGGAGAGCGAUGCUGGUGCAGGAGGACCCAACAUGAAGCCAUUGGGAGACAACCAAACAGACGUCUAUGAGCCAGGUUAUCCCCACCAACUGGAGCAUCUCCAUCAGAUCUUUGUUACCAAGAACCAUGUCCUGUGCCAGGAGGUACAGAGAAAUUUCAUUGAGCUUUCCAAGUCUACCAAGGCCACAAGUCACUAUAAGCCCCUGGAGCCUAGUGUUCACAGACUCCAAGAUCUGAAGGAUGAGAACUUUCCUCUGUUUGUGACUUCCAAGCAGCUGCUCCUUCUUCUUGAUGCUUCUUUGCCCAAUCCAUUUUUUCUGAGAAACGAAGAUGGCAGCUUGAAAAGAACCAUUGUAGGUUGGUCCAUACAGGAAGAAUUUACCAUCCCCAGUUGGCAGGAGGAUGAGGAUGACAUGGAGAUGGAUGGAGACGACGAGGAGGAUAAAGCCACAGAAGUACGUGUGGGUGACAGUGAUCCCCGGGUGUAUGUGACAUUUGAAGUGUUCAUCAAUGAAAUAUGGCCCAAGAUGAGCAAAGGGAAAACUUCCUACAACCCCGCACUGAUUUGGAAAGAAAUAAAAUCUUUUCUGAAAGGGUCUUUUGAGGCCCUCAGCUGCCCCAGUGGAAGACUUACUGAAGAAGCAUACAAGAAAUUAGGGAGAAAACGGUCCCCCAAUUUUAAGGAAGAUCGGAGUGAGAUUUACAGUCUCUUCUGCCAGUAUCAGCAGAUCAGGUCACAGAAAGGUUAUUUUGAUGAAGAGGAUGUCCUGUACAACCUGUCCUCCAGGCUGUCAAAUCUCAAGGUGCUUCCAUGGUCCAUCCACGAGCUCUAUGGGGAUGAGAUUCAGGACUUUACCCAAGCUGAGCUGGCGCUGCUGAUGCAAUGCAUUAAUGACCCCAAUGCCAUGUUCCUCACUGGAGACACAGCCCAGGGCAUCAUGCAAGGUGUGGCCUUCCGCUUCAGCGAUUUGCUCUCCCUGUUUCAUUACGCCAGCAGGAACAACACAGACAAGCUGUGUGCUGUCCGGAAACCCAAGAAGAUUCACCAGCUGUACCAGAAUUACAGGUCCCACUCGGGAAUCCUCAAUUUAGCAUCUGGAGUGGUGGAUUUACUUCAGUUCUAUUUCCCAGAAUCUUUUGAUCGCCUUCCAAGGGAUUCAGGCCUCUUUGAUGGCCCCAAACCAACUGUCCUGGAGUCUUGUAGUGUUAGUGACUUGGCAAUUUUGCUAAGAGGAAACAAAAGGAAAACGCAGCCCAUUGAAUUUGGAGCCCAUCAGGUAAUACUUGUUGCCAAUGAAAUGGCAAAGGAGAAAAUUCCAGAAGAGCUGGGGUUAGCGCUUGUGCUAACAGUUUAUGAAGCAAAAGGCUUAGAAUUUGAUGAUGUCCUUCUUUACAACUUUUUUACUGAUUCUGAGGCUUACAAGGAAUGGAAGAUAAUUUCCUCAUUUACGCCUUCAUCACCCGACUACAGAGAAGAAAACCAGCCAUUGAUUGAUGUGCCCUUGGAAAAACAAAGCUCCUUGAAGGGUCGGUCUCUCAUGCUGAAUCCAGAAAUGUACAAGCUUCUCAAUGGAGAGCUGAAGCAGUUGUACACAGCCAUCACAAGGGCUCGGGUCAACCUCUGGAUCUUUGAUGAACACCGAGAAAAGAGGGCUCCUGCUUUCAAUUAUUUCAUCAGAAGAGAUUUUGUCCAAGUUGUGAAGACAGAUGAAAAUAAAGACUUUGAUGAUAGCAUGUUUGCUAAGACUUCAACCCCCAUGGAGUGGAUUGAACAAGGGGAAUACUAUGCCAAGCACCAGUGCUGGAAGGUUGCUGCCAAGUGUUAUCAGAAAGGAGGUGCACUUGAGAAGGAAAAGCUGGCUCUGGCCCACAACACUGCCCUGAACAUGAAAUCCAAGAAAGUCAGCCCCAAGGAAAAGCAGUUGGCGUAUUUGGAACUGGCUAAGACUUAUUUGGAGUGCAAUGAGCCAAAGCUAUCUCUCAAGUGUCUGAGCUAUGGCAAGGAGUUUCAGCUGUGUGCCCAACUGUGCGAGAAGCUGGGAAAGAUAAAAGAUGCAGCCUAUUUCUAUAAGCGAAGCCAGUGCUACAAAGAUGCUUUCAGAUGUUUUGAACAGAUUCAGGAGUUCGACCUAGCACUCAAAAUGUACUGCCAAGAGGAGCUUUUUGAAGAAGCUGCUGUUGCAGUGGAAAAGUAUGAAGCAAUGAUAAAGGCCAAGACCCUUCCCAUUUUCAAGCUGUCUUAUUCUGCUAGUCAGUUUUAUUUGGAAGCUGCGGCAAAGUAUUUGAGUUCAAAUAAGAUCAAGGAAAUGAUGGGUGUACUCUCAAAACUAGACAUAGAAGAUCAGCUGGUCUUCCUGAAGUCCCGGAAACGGCUAGCAGAAGCUGCAGACCUGCUGAAGAGGGAAGGUCGGAGAGAAGAGGCUGCCCUGCUGAUGAAGCAGCAUGGCUACCUCCUGGAGGCUGCCAGGCUCACAGCCAACAAGGACUUCAAGGCCUCAUGCCUGUUGGAGGUGGCCCGCCUCAAUGUGGCCAGGAAUUCUGAUGUAGAAAAUACCAAAGCUAUCCUGAAACAAGCAUUCGAUCUCUGCAGUCAAACCAACCAGUUGUCUGGCAUUGCUGAAGCCCAAUUCUUAGAGGGGGUAAUUCUGAAAGACUUUCAGAAGCUCAAAGGUGCCUUCCUCAAGUUUGAGACGCUCAACCACUCAGCUGGUGUGGUGGAAGCGCUCUACGAAGCAGCCAGCCUCUGCGAGGCUGAGUACGAGAAGGUCCUGGCUCUGGCCCCAGAGGGCUUGGAAAACCUCCUCAACCUGGUCAGGGCUCUCAAAAAGGUGACCUACAAUGCUGAGAAGGAAAUGAUCAAAUCUUGCUUUGAGUUUUUUGGGAUUUCUCAGGUGGAUGCUAAAUAUUGUCAGAUAGCUCAGAAUGACCCUGGACCCAUAUUAAGAAUAAUUUUUGACCUGGAUUUAAGCUUGAGAGAAAAGAAAACAAAAGAUCACUUCUUGAUAAUGACUGAUCAAGUGAAAUUAGCAUUAAACAAGCACCUUUUGAGUCGAAUGUGUCAGAUCACACAGAUCCUUCUUGGGAAGACCUACCCUGGAGUCUGCAUGAGGUUUAUUGUAGGCUUAAAAUGUGAUGAAGACUGUAAAGACUUCCAUAGGCCUAUGCGGCGUUGUGAGGCUAAGUGUUUGAUUCAGUCAAAAAUACACCUGGUGGCAAUCAACGGAUUGCUUUUGGAAGCCAAAAAUGUAUUCCCUAAAAUCUUAGCUGAAGAACUUGAAGAAAUUGAUUAUAUUUUGUCUACAGACGUAUAUGGCCUUUGUAAAUCCUUCCUGAAUGUACUCUUCCCCAAGCAUUUCCACCAGAGAGUUUUAUCAGAAAAUCCCAUGGCAUGCAAAGAAAUCCUCAAGCCGGAUUACAAAUCCUUCCGAAGCUUCAGGUUUGCUUUGAAAGAAUACAUCCACUUUCUGUUUCAAAACGAAAGUGCCCAGAGCCGACGGGAAUCUACUGACCUGUGGCUGAGGGCCCUGCAGACUUUUCUUGUCUCCUUCAACUAUCCCGAGGAGUUUGAAAAGCUGCUUUACCAGGAAGAGGACAGCUACAACAGGGAACUCCAGGCUCUCGAGUCUGAAAAAGAAGAAAGGGACAGUGGCAGUGACAGCAGAAUAAAAGGAAUAGAAGGGAAAUUGGGGAUGCUGGUGCCCAGCAAGGAUGAUGAAAGUACGGAGACGAUUCACCUGUGCUUCAUCCGGCUGCUGGAGAAUUGCAUCGAUCAGUUGUAUGUGUACAGGAACCCUGAAGACUACAUGAGGCUCUUUUUCCGUUUCAUGAAUGUUCUUGUCAAGAGGUGCAAAGAACCACUCAUCCCAAAUAUUGGAAACACAGUAGCCCUGUUGGAGUUCCAGUUUGUGCACUGUGGGGUGGUUCUGACCCGCCUCUGGAAGAAUGUCAUCCUGUGCCUCCCCAGGAGCUACAUCUCAAUCUUGCACUAUUGGGAGUACCUGUUUAGAAAGGACAAGGAGUUUAGGGGCAUAUUUUUCGUCAUUCAAGACUAUAAACCCAAGGAUGUGGCAAGAGCCAUUCAGGAUUUCCGCUUCCAUCUCUCUUACCUCGUCAAGGUGCUAUGCGGUUAUGAGAAUGAGAACUUCAAUGUCUUGCUUGAUGCCUUCAGUGAAAUAGACUGUGUGGUCUCUGGCGAGGCAGAGCGAACACUGGUCCUGUGCUUGGUAAUGCUUGUAAAUGCCGAGGAAAUUAUGCAGCCAUACUGCAAGCCUCUACUCUACCGCCACCUCCAGGAAAUUGAGCAACGGCUGCAGCUGAUGAGCAUGAACUUCCCGGACCAGGUUCCUGAGAGGCUUCUCAGAAUGGUGAGGCGUUUGUUGUUUGCAAACAAUGUGAAGUCUGUGGCCGAGGCGCUGCAGGACUUGCUCUUUGAGAGGGAUGAAGAGUACCUGAUGGACUGCCAAUGGCGGUGGGAAAGUAUGCAUGCCAAAGGCAUCAUGAUCCCUGGCCUUUAUAUUGAGGAGAUCAAGCUAAGCCGCUUACUAUAUGUGAAACCUGUGGACUAUUUAGCUGAAUCUGAAUAUGAAUUUGAUCAGGAUCAGACGGAUGAGCUGGCAUUAGAAGACCGAGACUACCUCUUUGCUGCCAUCCUUUCCCAGAAGCAGUGGAAGGCUUCCGUUCAGCGCAAGUUGAGAAGAGUAUGCUUGGUGGUGUCCCUGUGUGUCAGCUGGAGGAGGAGGGUGAGUGCCCAUGCAGAACGCUUCAGAGAGGAAGCAAGGGAGCCUGUGGCUGGGAACUUCAAAAAGGCCGACAUUGAUAGGACUCAGUGUGACCUGUGUGGAGUGAAGUUCAUUCGUGGUCCUGAGAACUACUUCAACUCCAGUGAAGCAUUUGGGAAGGUGGCUUCAGAGGUUCAUUCCAGGGCUGAGUUGGAAAGGAAAGAGGGUCUGGAGAGGAACAAUGGGUCUUACGAGCAGCACAUCCGCCUAGAAAGUCACCAAAAGCAGCAAGUGGCCUACCAGAAAUACUCAGAGUUUUUCCAUGGGAUGGUGGACCCAGCCAUUGACGAAGGCAAGCUGGUGGUGCAGGACAUCGAGCAGAGCAUUUGGAUCCGCAGCCACCUGGGCUCAAAAGAGCACAGCCACAUGCUGCAGAGGAAGGUCCAGGAGAACAUAAAGAAGGUUUCAGAUAUGGUCGAGGAACUCUACAGGCGGAAGGCCUGGGCUGGCGGGCAGGAGAUGAUGACUCGAUUGGUCAAUAUUCUUAUCCUUUCGGUCAGGGAUGCACGGGAGUGGCUGAGGAAAACAGAGCUCUGCUUAAAGGAAGAAGGAAUCGUUCAGGAGGAUGAAUACGAAAAUGAAACUGAAGACUUUGGCGAGCUGCGUCCCAUAAAGCGUUCACGAAAAUGUGGAAAGCAGAGAAAAUACUAA